AGGCGUGGCCGGAGGGCGAGACCGAGGCCUGGCGCUAGUGACCCAGAUCUGCAGCUUGAAGUGAUGCUCCAGUCUCCGUAGUACUGGGGCAGGAAGGAUCGCGCAGCGCAGCGGCGGGAAAAUACCUGCACGUCCUCUCGGCUGCAACGGUGCGGAACGUUUUUUUGGCCGGAAACUGAAAGACGAUAUCGGAAGUGACGUCGCGGUCAAAACAAGCCGGGCCUGGGGGCCCUGCAGUGAGUCUGGCCGCAGAUGGAAAGGCCCGCUUCGCUGUGGGCUGUCGGAGGUGGGCGCCAGGCCCUGCGCUCCCACACGGUCGGCCUCCGGCCCCUGUCCCCGGGGCCAGCCCGCUGCGGUUGAGCCAGGGUUUCCGCCCGGCGUACCGGAGCCGCGCAGGGAUUGCUCGGGCGGAGCUGGCGGGUGGCGACAGAGCGGACGUCCCUGCCUGCAACAGUCUCCCCUCCAGCGGGCUCCUGUCCGGGGACGCUGGGACACCUGUCGCCUAUGUUUUAAAAUCCAAAUUUGCAGAAUACACUGUAUGCCGUUCUUAUAAAACCAAGAGGAAAUCAUGAAGAAAUGUUUUAAUUAUUGAAACUAUAGUUGAAAUCAUGGCUACAUCAGCAAAUCUGGAUAUUGGAGCCCAGCUGAUAGUAGAAGAGUGUCCCAGCAGUUACAGUCUAACCGGCAUGCCAGACAUUAAAAUAGAACAUCAGCUGGACUCAAAUGCAGAAGAAGGAUCAGCUCAGGGUGUUGCCAUGGGAAUGAAAUUCCUACUGCCUAACCGAUUUGAUAUGAAUGUCUGUUCUCGGUUUGUGAAGUCCUUAAAUGAAGAGGAGAGUAAACAUAUUCAAGAUCAGGUUAACUCUGACCUGGAGGUGGCAUCUGUCCUAUUUAAAGCUGAAUGCAAUAUCCAUACAUCUCCUUCUCCGGGUAUUCAAGUAAGGCAUGUCUACACUCCCUCUACAACAAAGCACUUCUCACCCAUAAAACAGUCAACUACUUUAACCAACAAACACAGAGGAAAUGAGGUCUCAACCACACCUCUGUUAGCAAAUUCUUUGUCUGUUCACCAGUUGGCUGCUCAGGGAGAGAUGCUCUACCUGGCUACUCGUAUCGAACAAGAAAAUGUUAUCAAUCACACGGACGAAGAAGGAUUUACUCCUCUGAUGUGGGCUGCAGCACACGGGCAGAUAGCUGUGGUAGAGUUUCUACUUCAGAAUGGCGCUGAUCCUCAGCUUUUAGGAAAAGGUCGAGAAAGUGCACUGUCGUUAGCCUGUAGUAAGGGCUACACAGACAUUGUCAAAAUGCUGCUGGAUUGUGGAGUUGAUGUAAAUGAAUAUGAUUGGAAUGGAGGGACACCUUUGCUUUAUGCCGUACAUGGAAAUCAUGUGAAAUGUGUAAAAAUGCUCUUAGAAAAUGGAGCUGACCCAACAAUUGAAACUGACUCUGGAUAUAAUUCUAUGGAUCUAGCUGUAGCCUUGGGCUAUAGAAGUGUUCAACAGGUUAUUGAGUCACAUUUACUGAAACUGCUUCAGAACAUCAAGGAGUAGAUGUAAGCGUCAGAAAGUGCAGUCUGCCCUUCUGUUUACUUUUGGCCCUUAUAAACGAUAAUUCUGUUUACUUAUAAAUUUUUACCUCAGUUGCAAUAUUUACUGGUUUUUAGUAAAUUUUAAUAAAUAUUCCUCUGAGUAAUUCACUGGUUUAUAAGAAGAUUAAUGUUGAUGCUUUUUUUAUAAAUGUGUUUUACUGCAUAUUUAAACUUAUAAAUGAAUGUUUCGUGGCAUGUAAAUGUCUAUGCUACAGAUAGUUAUCUGUGUUUGUAUCAAGUGCUGUAAUUUAACAUUUUCAGAAAUUAUUCUGCCCUGUUCAUCCCCACUCUUAUAUAUUAACUCAUUGACUUUAUAUAGAGUUUGCUAUAAAUCCAUAGGGAAAAAAAAUUUGUUAUUAUUGAAUUUAAAAAUGCACAGUGUGAUUGUUUACAGAAUGAUGUUAUAAAUGAAUAAAGUACUUUUUUCUGUUA